AUGAAUCAAGAUUUUUCAUAUAAAUUUUUAGAUUCUGAAAAUAAACAACCAAAUAAUGUAUUAAAUACAGCCAAAGAUCAAAAAAACAUUUUUAUUUUUUCUCGACCAACAUCAAUUUAUGUACCAAAAACAUCUAUAGAUAACUCUAGUUAUUUAAAAAAUUCAAAAGGAUAUAUAAAAUCUCAAACAUCUCUUUCACCUUUACCAGUAAAUUCAGCUAAUUGGAAGAAAAAGUUGGUUUCUCAAAUAAAAACGUCACCGUCUGAUGCAGUUUCUAUUGAGGUUCCUCAUAAUUCAUUACCAUCAUGGGUCAAAACACAAAGUAAAGCAGGAUCUAAGAAAGAUUUAGGUUUUGAAAAAAAUUCUGUCAAUUCUUUUAGGAAACUACCAACAUCUACUUGUAUUGAUCAUGUAAAAAUUCAGGAUUCUAUCAAAAAAUUAUUAGAAAGCACUUUUUGUGAUUAUGAAGAUAAAGAAACAGAUACAGAUACUGGUUAUGUUCUAGGUUUAAAAGUUCGACUUCUUAAACAUCAAAUAAAUGGCCUUCGAUGGCUUCAAAAAAGAGAAGAUCAAGGCUCUAAUGAAGAGAAAGGAGGGAUUCUUGCUGAUGAUAUGGGACUAGGGAAAACUGUACAAACUAUAGCUCUUAUUGUUUCUAGAAAACGUCCGAAAUGUUUCCAAAAUGUUUAUUCUAAAAGUACACUUGUAGUAGCGCCUUUGUCUAUUAUACGACAAUGGGAAUCUGAAAUCAUUAAUAAAACAAAUCUUUCUGUUUUAGUAUAUCAUGGUAAUGAAAGAAAUAAACAUUCUAAAGACUUAGAAUUGUAUGAUGUAGUUAUAACUACAUAUCAUAUUCUUAUUUCAGAAAUGAAAGAUAUAGACACAAAAAAAUUAUCAGAUAAUUCCUGUAAUUCUGAUUCUAGGGUUUUUAAAAUAUCAUGGUGGAGAUUAAUUUUAGAUGAAGCUCAAAUUAUUAAAAAUAAAAAUUCUAAAACAGCAAUUUCCGUAUGCUCUCUUAAAGGUUGUAAUCGUUGGUGCCUUACAGGAACACCAAUUCAGAAUUCUAUUGAAGAAUUGUAUUCAUUGUUUAAGUUUUUACGAAUUAAACCAUUAAAUGAUUUUUCCGUUUGGAAGGAGCAAAUAAGUAAAACAAUAUCUCAAGGAAAUGAUGAAAUUUCUUUAAAAAAACUUAAAAUUAUACUUAAUGCUGUAAUGAUACGACGAACAAAAGCUGUUCUUCAACAAAAUAAUAAUAACAAAGCAUUGCUAUGUUUACCAGAACGAGUUAUUAAACAUGAAAUGAUUGAAUUAAAUAAAUAUGAGCGUGAUUUUUAUAAUAAACUUGAAUUGUAUACUGAUAAAAGUCUUUCUAAAUUUGUUGGAAAUGAAAUUAAAGGAGAAAAUUAUACUAAUAUACUUUGUCUUUUAUUGAGACUUAGACAAGCAUGUAAUCAUUUUGAAUUAGUUACAAGAAACUUAAGAUUAGAUAAAGAUGCCAUUGAUAUUUCUAAUAAUAGUUCUUUAUCUGAUAUUAAUGAUCAUGUAAAUGAUAUGGUUUCAUUAUUUGAUGAUUUAAAAUUAAAAAAUGAGAAAAAUAAAAAAUUUAAAUGUGAUAUUUGUUUUGAAGAAUUUCAUUUACAAAACAAUGACUUAAAAGAAAAUAAAUGUGAAAAAUGUUUAAAGAUAUUUGUAAAAAACUUACCUGAAAAUCAAAAUUUAGAAAAUAAAUUAAAAGGUCCUAUUGUUAGUUCAAAAAUUAAAAAAAUGAUGGAGAUUCUACAAUUCAAAGAUAAUAAUUCUGGAACCGAUCAUAAAACAAUUGUGUUUUCUCAAUUUACAUCUAUGUUAGAUUUAAUUGAACCAUUUUUAAAAGCAGAAAAUAUAAAGUUUGUGAGAUAUGAUGGUUCAAUGCCACACUAUUUAAGAGAAAAUGUUCUUAAGAAGUUACAUGAUUAUCAAGAUAUAGAAGUAUUACUUUGUUCUCUAAAAUCUGGAGCAUUAGGACUUAAUCUUACAGUAGCAAAUAGAGUAAUUUUAUUAGAUAUAUGGUGGAAUCCUGCUGUUGAGGAGCAGGCUAUUGAUCGUGUUUAUCGUAUUGGUCAAACAAAGAAUGUAAUAGUUCAUAAAAUAAUCACUAAAAAUACAGUCGAAGAGAGAAUAUUAAUGUUACAAGAAAAAAAGAAAGCACUUGUAAAAGAAACACUGAAUGAUGAAAAGCAUACAUCAUUAUUUAAUAUUAAUAAACUUACUCUUAAAGAUAUACUGUUCCUUUUUAAUCAUAAGAAUUAA